UUGAGACUGUGGUGCGUGUGUUUCGGAGACUGAUCGAUAAUCGGGUGGGGGCCACAUGGCCCUCUGUACAGUGGGCAGAGAUGGUGUCAGAAGGUAUGAGAUCGGCUCGGAUGGUGUGUCCGGCUGCACCAGAGCAUUUGGUGGGGGGUUCAGUCAAUUUGGCACCUGGGUGUUGGCUUGUGGUUACCACUGACGUGGUAGCGUGGUAGUUUGUCGAUGUCUAUCGAACGCGGCUCGGCGCAAGAAGCAAGCCGGAUCUGUGAACGCUCAUGUCAACCUUGAGUCCCGUAAAGUUCUGUGCGUGUUCGGGUCUUCAGCAUGUUAAGAUGCGUUAGCAAUGUUCACUGAUGAUAUUUGGGAGGGGUAUCCGUGUAGCACUCAGUACAUAGCCGUUGACGAGGAUCAGGUCGGGAGAGGUGUGUCAGACGCUGUGCAGAGCUUUGUGAGGUUGCUGUGUUUGAUCGUUGAUGUAAUGCCGGGUCAGUGAAGAGGGCAUUAAUUGUGUGGAGUGCGUCUGAGUGUUGAUAAGGGGAACAUCACUUGUGACACGAAUGCAGGCAUUUUGCGAGAGUGUGUCGGCAGUGGUUUUCCUGGAAGAGAUGAACAGCACUUAAGAGCGAGGAGACAGAAAAGCGAAGCCAGGGGUGUUUUGUGCGAGUGUUAUGAGCUUCGCCUUCCGUCGUUGACUGACUUCAUAGCCCCCACGAUAACGGUCGAUUUUUGUAAUGAAUUCCACGAAUGGCAUCUGGAUGUAGUUGUGGGAGCUUGCUUGACGGAAGUAAUUCUAGCAGGCAAACAAGUUUGCAUUACACUUAAAGAGUUUCGUGAUUUGGACACAGUCUCGAGCAGCGAUGAUGAGCGACAGCUUGUGUGAAGCGCAGUCACUGAUCCUUGUCUGCAAGUAGAGGGGAGUGUGUUUCGACCGGAGCGAAUGCAAAUUGUCAAUAGCUGUGGACGCGUAGCUUGGUAGCACUUGUUCGAGUGUUCAAAGAAGCCAAUAGAAGGCAGAACUCGUAGUCGGGUUCCUGAUAAGAUGCUCGGGGAUCUUGAAUGUGACUAGGCUUUAAGAUAUCUACCUCUUCUGUUGCUGCAUAUGAUUACGUCGUCAAGCAUUGGAUAGCAGGGCUGAACUUCUGGUGAAACCGUCGAAAUGCAUUUUACCAAGUUUGAUGAUUUUUAGUGAACAUUUCCUAGACACUUGUUGGGUCCAAAACCGUCGGGUGUAUUAUUUGUAAGGCGUUCCAAAGGGUUGGGUCAUCUGUGGAAGAGAAUGGGCAAUUGCCAUGCGGUCGACCCCGUGUGUGCGACUGUGGAGCACCCUAAUGGCAAAGUGGAGAAACUCUACUUCUCGUCCUCAGCUCAGCAAUUGAUGCUGCAGUAUCCCGGACACUAUGUGGCGCUUGUAUCGCCCCCACCGACGCCUAUUGCUGAUUGUCCGGCACAUGUGAAACGAAAACUGAAGCUGCUACCGCCGGGUACCAUGUUGAACAUUGGCUCUUGCUACCGACUGGUAUCGUUUGAAGAUGUUUUGUCAGAAAUGUCUGACAAAGGCGCCAUCACUCAUCAAGUGCACAGGAAGAGAAGCUCCCAUUCAGGCACCACUGUCUCCAAACAUCAACCUUCACCUAUCCAAUCUACGCAAGUGUUAAUGGAGCAGUCGGACGUCAGAAGGUCUGCUGUGAAACAAAUCAACCAACUGCGAACGAUGUUGUCGAAGUCCUUCGCUUCACAAAAGGAAAACAUCGCUGAAACUUUGACUUCACCAGCGGCACCUGCUCCACUAAAUUAUCCAUCCAUGCAAUCCCCGCUGCAGUCCCUACACCCAGUAUACCGAGGAGGAGCAUGGCGGCCCAGCCUCCAAAGUAUUGCUGAAAGAGGCCGAUGAUCACAAGACUUGUAUGUCCUUUCUUUGUACAGAACUCUUUUUCGUGGCAUUGCAGGAUCCUCUCAUGCACUGCUUACCGUUAGCAAUGUCGCAUUGCUGGUCGAGCGUGUGAGACUUAUGGCCAUCUCGCAAGAUUUAUUUACGAGUUGUAAAGAGGUAGUUCCACUGGGUUGAUCGUUUGGCUGGUAGGGGAGGGGGGGGGGAUACGAUUUUCUAAGAUAUAACUACCUGUUGUGAUUAUAUGAAUCCGAAAUCUAUUGUGUGAUAUAAUUGCGUAGUCGAAGCAAGUGAUGGGUCACGUUCGAGCAUGGCUGUAUCAAAUUUGUAGCAUCUUCCCUGAUAAGCCAACGACUGGGCACUAAUUUUGUUUUCAGCACUCUUUGCACUACUCUAAACCUUAAACAAGUGACCGUUACUUGCUCUAA